ACCUUCCCCUCUUCAUUACCACCCCAGCUCGUGAUUUCGUGGUUGCCAGUGAGCGACGUCGCCUCGGCGCUUUGCGCGUCAUCUGCGUGGCACCGCGCGUCGGCGCCUGUCUUCCAAAUCAUUGCUCAGAGCCGCGGGCUCGGGCGAGAGCGCGCCGAUGUUCCGUGGCGCGAGGUCGUGCGGUGUUCCAAGAGACGGGUCACCGUUAUCGAUCCAGGCAAACGUUACCCUGCCGCCACUCACUAUGCCACAGCGCUUGGGGUUUUGGACCAAGGUUGGGCCCCAGGUGCAUGGGGCAGUGGUGUAAUUGAGGUCGGGGAUGCAGGAGAUUUCAUCGCCGAGGUCGAAUUAGAACGUGGUACCGGGUUUCGAAUUAUGGCGUUCCGGGCGGACAGGGAUGGCCAGAUUCAUAUCAUUGGGCGCAUCGGCGUUUUGAUUGGGUACCCAGGCGAACUUGGCACCGUGGAGUUGACGGUGGAGGAUGCCGAGACGCUAGGCGCAUCUGAUCUGAAGACGGAGCUGGUCGCGAGGGGUUUGAGGACGACGGGCCGAGAGAGCCAGGACCGGACGAACUUGACUGAAUAUUUGCACCGUUAUCUCCCUUGCCUCGCCUACGACGCCUCGCGUGAGGACAAGGUCGCCGAAGAAAUGGAAAGGGCUGGUCUAUAG